CAGCUAGGGUAUUCUCGAUUACUAAUCCAGAUGUUUGGGUUUUUGGGUAACGGAAAGUCCUCCUUUAUUAACACAUGUAAAUACGUCUGGGAUGAGGGAGAGUUCAUCAAUCAUACAGGAGCAAGUGGCGAUCAUGGAGGACACACCUUGAUGAGAAUAGCCUACCCACUUACAAAGACCAUCACACUGGUGGAUAACCGUGGAUGUGCCAAGCUGAACAGUUUUGAGACUGGAGAACUCUAUGCCCAGCUUGCUAAUCUAUUACCCCUGAAUGAUCAGGUGGAGUGGCUCAAAGGAUCUCAACUUGUGGAGAAAAUAAAACAGACGGAAAGAUAUGUACGAGCCUCCGAUUUCAUUUUCCCAGUACUGGUACAUAGUGUGAAGAUGUCCCUAACUCCUGAGGAAAUUAAUAUAUUCAGGAGAUUGCUUCCAAACGCUAGAGAUAUAACAGGGAUCUUCCCGAUUGUUGUUCUCACCCAUAAAACCAAAGGAAAUGUUGCUGAGCAAGAGAAGAUUUUUAGAAAUCUUGGUGUGGAGAGAAUCUUUUCAUUUGAGAAUUAUACCAACAGAGAUCAUAUAAAGACACGAGGAAGACAUGAAGAUGUCCUGAAGUUCCUACUUGAAGUUAUUAAGGACGUGCAGUUUCAGAUUGCUCAGACACGAGAACCAGAAAGAGAUCUACUGCUACGAAAGAAAAUGCUAUAUAAUUUAAUUAGCCAGCAAACAGAAGAAGAACAGAGACAGAAACUGGAGGAACGAAAACUGAGACAGAAAAUGGGCCAACUGAGGAGACCAGGAGGCAGGGGUUAUGAUAAUGAAUGAAAGCAGUGACUGCAGUUUGGGAAUAGGAACGUGAAUGCACCAUAAGACAAGGAGCUAAAGGAGAUAGAACUGAAGGGAGCUUCUGUGCCCCUCACA